AGCUUAAGCUUCAUGUUUUAGGUUUUCUCAGAAUCACACACCACCAACAAACCCACGCUCUUCGAGACUGACUCGAUCUAUCAGAAUCAAUCAAAUUAGGGUUCAUAUAAUUCCCCAAUUUUUUAUAACAAUUAAUGGACCGUCAAAAACUGUAAUUCGCAUUGAUCUGAUUCCUGACGUUUAUGAACUUCAAUUAUCAUCAAAUCAAGGAAAUGACAGGUCGUUCGGUGCCGAAGAAUGGAAAUUCUGUACAGAAAUCACAUGCUUCUACUAGUCAUCCUAUAAGAAGUGGUAGAAAUGCGUUGUGUUUGUUAGUUCGGAGAGAGAUUUGUCCGAAAACAAAGCAUGUGCCGAAGAGGCGGUGGGGAGAUGCUGCUUCUCAAUGGAAUAAUAAUGUUAACAAGAAUCGUCAUAGUAAUAGUGCUAAUUCGUCGUCUAUACCAAGAAGUGAGCCAGAAAGAGAUGCGAAACGUGGACUUAUUUCAUGGGUUGAAGCGGAGUCAUUGCGGCAUUUAUCUGCUAAGUACUGUCCGUUGGUGCCUCCUCCAAGGUCAACUAUUGCAGCUGCAUUUAGUCCUGAUGGAAGAACACUUGCUUCUACUCAUGGCGAUCAUACUGUGAAGAUAAUUGACUGUCAGACAGGAAACUGCAUAAAAGUGCUGAGUGGUCAUCGGAGGACUCCUUGGGUGGUUAGGUUCCAUCCGUUACAUCCUCAAAUUCUUGCAAGUGGGAGCUUAGAUUUUGAGGUUCGCUUAUGGGAUGCAAACACAGCAGAGUGUAUUGGAUCUCGUGAUUUCUACCGUCCUAUUGCUUCUAUUGCUUUUCAUGCCGAAGGGGAAAUGCUUGCAGUUGCAUCAGGUCACAAGUUGUACAUAUGGAACUACAACAAGAACGGGGAGGCAUCCUCGCCAGCUAUCGUAUUGAAGACGAGGCGUUCUCUUCGAGCAGUGCAUUUUCAUCCGCGUGCAGCGCCAUUUCUCUUGACUGCUGAGGUCAAUGAUCUUGACUCUUCAGAUUCUUGUAUGACGCGGGCAACAUCUCUAGGCUACCUAAAAUAUCCUCCUCCAGCUGUAUUUGUAGCAAAUGUUCAGUCCAGUGAUCGAGUUAGUUUGGCUGCUGAAGUGCCUGUUAUGUCUUUGCCUUUCUUCUUGAUGCCUGGAAUCUCUGUAGAUGAUAUUAGAACAGGAGCUAAUAGACAUGCCAGUUCAAGCAUAAUACAAGGGGAGUCUUCUGGCUCAAGACAGUUGCAAACAGAUGCAAAUGCUGGAGAGAAGUAUGAUACUUUCGUAUCUCCCAUGGAGACAUCUCCUGCAGUUGCAUCGAGUUCACAUCCCAGAACAGAAGGUACCACAUUAGAUGCUAUGGAUACUGAUGAUAUACAGCCUGUAAGAGGGAACUUGCACGGAAACUAUACUGACCCAGAAGCUGCCAUGGGUGGCGUGCCUGGAAAUAUUUCAGCUAGGCAGCAAUCUACAGAGUCUGGGCAGCUUCACGAGUUCUUACCUUCUAGAGACCCAACUUGGUGGGAGCUACGCUUUUUUCAAGGAUGGUUAAUGGGUCAAAGUCAAGCUGGUGUUCCAUCAACGCUUCCUCUUAAUGUCGGUAGUCGUGAACAUCCAGCCCCUUAUAGUGGUUCCCCCACAUUAUCUAACUUAUCUAGUCAAAACAUGGAGGCUGCAAUGGCUAAUUUAGCAAUGCCUGCUAGCACUAACAUGUCGGGGGUUUCUGGGAGAUCUGGCUUACCACAUCAAAUCUCACGCUUCCGUGUCCCUGUGGAGACUAUGGCUCCUAUUAAUACACUAAAUGAUAAUACCGAUACUCAGCCCUUAUAUAACAGAAUCCAGUCUGAAAUUGCCACAUCACUAGCUGCUGCUGCUGCAGAGUUACCUUGUACUGUGAAGCUUAGGGUGUGGCCACACAACGUGGAACAUCCUUGUGCCCCACUAAAUGCAGAAAAAUGUCGAUUAACUAUACCUCAUGCUGUGCUAUGUAGUGAAAUGGGUGCUCAUUUUUCACCUUGUGGACGAUAUUUAGCUGCUUGCGUUGCUUGCAUGCUGCCUAAUAUGGAGGCUGACUCUCCAUUACAGACAUUAGUUCAUCACGACUCUGGGGCUGCAACUUCACCUACUCGACACCCAACAUCAGCACACCAAGUUAUGUAUGAGCUUCGUAUAUAUUCGCUAGAGGAGUCAACGUUCGGUUCAGUGCUUGUAUCACGAGCAAUUAGAGCUGCUCACUGCUUGACUUCCAUACAGUUCUCACCUACUUCUGAGCAUAUAUUACUGGCUUAUGGGCGACGUCAUGGAUCCCUUCUCAAAAGCAUUGUUAUUGAUGGGGAAACAACAUCUCCUAUUUAUACUGUUCUUGAGGUUUACAGAGUUUCAGAUAUGGAACUUGUGAGAGUUCUUCCUAGUGCAGAGGAUGAGGUCAAUGUUGCUUGCUUUCAUCCUUUUGCUGGGGGUGGUCUUGUUUAUGGAACUAAGGAAGGGAAACUCAGGGUCCUCCAAUACGACGGUGCGCACGGAGGGAAUUGCACUGCUCCAAGUUAUUACCCAGAAGAUAAUUUGGCCCAGGUCCACACAUAUGCUCAGGAAGGUUGAAAAACUUGGUAUCUCACUAUGAAAUUGUGAGCCGUGAACUGCACUCAUGAGUCAAGAUAGUACGAAUACCAGCUUACGGAUUCAGUUUGGUAGAUCAAUAGUUUCACGGUUCGCCAAUUUUCUACAUUGUUUGCCUCUGUAGAGCAUGGAGAAGGAAGGAAUUUAACAGCGGGUGCAAGUUCGAUUACGUUUAACCAUGACUAUGGUUUUGAACCAGAUGCGACUAACUCAUGGGUUUUUCACUUAAAAAAUCCCCCUCUGGCAAAUAAAUCUAAAAAAUGUAUAAUUUAUUUGCUGCAAUGUAAAAUAUCAUGUAUACUAAUAUAAAUUUGCUUCUUUCCUCA